GGAAACAUCUGAGGAGUUCCGAUUGAGAGUAAACACCCAGUUUUUCAACUUUAUGCAGCAUGUGCAUUUGGUAGAGGAUUUUGUUUUGAACAGCAACCAUGACAAACAGCAGCAUUGAAGAAGAUGUGGGUUGUAGACACACUGAUUUCCCCGUCUCCAUUGUUCUGUUUUCAGAACUGGAGAGGCAGCCUGUGAUUCUAGGCCUGACCAUUGCAGCAGGAUUCAUGUGUAUCGCGACAGUGGUCCUGUACUUUGUCACCUUGAGGUUUUUGUAUAGCCACCGCCGGCUAGAGGGAAUCAAAAUCAACAAGUACAAAGUGAUAGUAAUGCUGGGACUUUAUCCGUUAGUGUCUUGUGUUUGUAUGCUGUCACUUUUACUGCCCCGUACGACAAUGAUAGCCGAGCUUAUGAUUGCAAUGUACAUGGCUGUGUGCAUUCUAAUGUUUGUAAGAAUGGUGGUGGAUUACAUGGGUGGAUUCAAAGCGGUGUGUAAGGAGAUGGAGGGGGAACAGAUGUCCUUCAGGACCCCGCCCUGCUGCUGUUGUUGCUGCUGUCCCGGGGUGUACAAACAGAAGGUCAACAGCACAAACCUCAAAAGAGUAAACCUGAUGACAUUACAGGGAGCUUUUGUUCGACCAAUAAUCACCAUUGUAGCUUUGAUUCUCUGGGCUGAUAAACGCUACAUCCUAGGAGAAGAUAUGAGUCCAUCAGCUGCCUCGUUAUAUCUGAACCUGAUUGGUGCUGUGUCCAGUUUGGUUGCUAUGUGGGCCAUGAUGGUCACCUUCAGGUCGUUGAGAAGUCAAUUACAGGACUACAAUGUUGGAAAGAAGUUUGCAGCCCUUCAGCUGACCAUUGUGGUGGUCAACAUUCAAGGAUUUCUGUUCCAAAUUCUGGCCAAGUACAACAUUCCAGAGUGUGUCAGGGCCCUUAGCUCCACAGUCAGGGCAUACAGGUCCAAUUACUUCAUAUUGAUUAUUGAGAUGCUCCUGCUGAUGAUUUUUGCCAGAAUUGCAUUCAAGAGAAAAGAGGAGAGCUACAAAGCAACGACCAGGGAGGUAAACAACAUAGCUAACAAAGGAUCAGAGCCCCAGACCUACUUGUGAAUGCAGUAGAGAUGCAUGUCUCUCAUGCAGUACCCUUAUUCAUAUUUUAUAUUUUCAUAAAUAUAUAAUUUGUAGAUUUGAAAAUAUAUUUUUUAUCAUUAAAAAGAAAAAAAAAUCUGUAUAAGCAGACUUUGAAGUGGGAUACCAAUACUGUGGUUUUAUUAAUAUUCAAGGGUAUCAAUUUUCGUGGAUAAAGUGAAAAUCAAAGUUUCAAGGAAACGUGAAUUUGUGGCCAGUGGCCUUAUCAAUACAAAAUGUUAUUAGAAAUUGCACUUCAAUAAACAUUUAAUUUCGUGGAUCAUCUGAUUAACAAAAUCCACGAAAAUUGGUAUUUAACGAAUAUUGAUGAAACCUCAGUAUCUACUUAGUUUCAACCUAAAUAAUAUUUUUUAUGAAAUAUUUUAUAUAAUAUUACCGGUAUAACCUUUGUUGACCAGUAAAUGAAUUGUAAGCAAUAUUCAAAUUUGCAAAACUCUCAUGCUAAUAACAUAUUAAUGUCAAAAUUAAUCCCUGACUUCAAAUUCAGAAUUUACUAUAUGCCUCUGCAUAAUGUCUGUUAAACAGUUAAUAAUUUCAAUGAUUUUUAUACCAAAAUGAUACUUAUUUGAUUGUAUUGAAGUCGUAUAGGGCAUUAUCUGCAUACAAUUGUUGGUUUUUAUUCUGAUACUUUUGUUGAAAAAUAUACGUAUUGUUAUAUAGAAAUAUUGUAAUGUACUUACAAAAUGUAUGGUUUUUAUAAUAGAGUACCAUAAGUACAGUAAAACACGGUUAUAGCACACAUGCAUAUAAUGAAUUGAUGCUUACAGCGAAGUGAUUUUCAUUCCCUGUGACUAUUCUAUAUGUUGUAAACUUGACAGAUAUAACAAACUAUGCUUAUAACGAAGCAAAAUGGUCUGACAUUUCGUUAUAAACGUGUUUUACUGUAUGGGAUUUUGUAACAGUUUCAAUCAAGUUUGUUUACUUAACAGGGUAGCAGGUAAAUGUAUAAAUAUAUGCUCAUGUUUGUCCAUGGCUGAAGUUUUAAAGCUGAACACUACUUGUAAAAGGUCUGCCAUACAUGUAUUUCUCUUUCAUUGUCGCUAUAUCUCUACAACUUCUAUAUGAGCUGCAGACCUCUUAACACUUCAAAUUAUUUCAGUUUAGAAAUCUCACAUGCGUGGACUUACAUCUUACAUUUCUGUGUUACUCAAUCACAAUGAAUUCAUCAAAUUUGUAUGCACUUUUUUAAUGCUUUUUUUUCUUCCAAGAAAUGAUAACACUAACAUCAAAUUUACAAGUUAAUGCAUUAUUUUUAAACAAAAAAUGCACAUAAAACCAGAAAUAAAAGCACAAAAUGUAAGACUAAAAAAUAGAAACUACACAUCGGCCACAAGUUUCAGAUGUGCAAUGGGGUGUAACAAAAUCAAAGGAUUUAUACAUGUAACCUGUGUGACAGUGCCGAUUUAUGAGUGGUGUUCAUUAGCUUUAAGUUUCUUCAAAAGAACUUUUUAUCACUUUUUGUAAACAUGUAUUAAUAUUAAAUGAAAUCUCAUUUGGUCUGUGAUAUAUAUAAUUUUACACUGAUUCUCUUCAAUCUACCUCUGCUUCAAAAGAGUGACCUUUUAGUUACUCCAAUAUAAGAGAUAUGAAAUCAUUUCAUAACUUGUUUAGAACAGAGUUUUUUUUUUUUUUUGUAUUGUGAAAUUUAAAAAUAAAAUCUUAUUUUUUAUUUAUGAUAGAUUCAGGAAAAACUGAAACCAGCAGACUAGAGUAAGCAUUACAAAUGUAGUGCUAGUCACUGAGUAUCUCUGCAUGUAGACUGUUUUUCCUGUAUAAUAUAUAUAUCUGUACACCCUCACUCACUUCAAUAAUUUUUCCCCUUUUUGGAGGGAGGGAGGGGGUUACCGUAACACAUACAUCAUUGUUGUGAAAGGUGGACAGCCAACCCCCAACUACCCUUUAAAGCAAUCAGCUUGGACAAAUUUACCGGUAAAUGUGAAUUUUGUUGCACAUGGAAGUAAAUCUUUUGGAAAAAUAUAUAACAAAUUUAGUUUGCUAGGCCAAAAGAGAAAACCAAAAAGAAAGUUCUUUUCACUUAUUAUCAAUUUUCUAUGAUGUUUGUCCAGUUUUUGCAUGUAAUGAAAAUUUGCUAUUUUGCUGUUGUUUUCUUUUUUUUUGCCAUUAGACUUGAUUGAGUCAUCUCAGAGUCCUUGACUUGAAAUCUUUGUGAAACAUCAGUGGAAUGUGUCUGUGGAUCAUAUAAGAAUAAUCUAAUGGCAAUGCACAUGUAACAAAGAAUAAUAAUCAAUUCAAAAUUCUAAUGGUGAAAUAUAAAUAAAAUGUAAGUUGAAGACCUUGACAAAUUUCAAAUAUAAGCUAUUUUGACUUAUAGUAUAUAUCAUGACCAUGACCUUUAGAUAAGCAUGUCACCACUGUAGAUCGUUAUCAAAGUUAUCUGGUACAUAUACUAAUUAUUAAAUUUGAUUCAUUUUGCCAUGUUUAUAAUUACAUGUUACAGAUCAUUAUUUUUUUUGUUUACGAAAGGUCCGUUGCCUUUAAGCGUACUGUAACUUGAUUCAUGAUUUUGACACUCUUUUUUAAAUCUAUCAUUAAGUAUGUUUUACGGCAAUCUAAUUAAUAUUAGAUGUUUAGAUCUGCUCUAUUCUCGAACAUCUUUGUGUAUAGCGAGUAAGCAAGGGGAUCUAACAUCUAAUUUUAAUUAAAUUUGGGUAUAGGGUAUCAUUUCCAAUUGGAAAUAUUGUAAUUUUAUGUAUGCAUUGAAUCAGUGUUGAAAUAAAACUCCUAGUGUUAUUUCUUAUGUAUAUGUAUUAGACUUGGUGGUAUGUUUCAUAAUUAGGGGAAUGCAUGCAGGAUUCUUGUGUAGUACGUGCAAUUUUAGCAAACUGAGUGUCAUAGAAUGGUGGAAAGUAAAUUUUAGACACAUAUUCAUUAAUUUUGUUUUACCAACCAAUCAUAUGUGUCAAUUCAAUGAAAGAUGAAAUAUUGUUUUAAUACUACUAUCAAAAUUUAUUUCAGGUUGAGACUCCUAGUGGGUAAAUAAAAAAAAAUUAAACAACAAAUAAAUUGUAAUUUGGAUUUAUGGUAUUACAAUGUAUUGUAUUUUGAUAUCCUCAUUCGGUUCUGUGAUUUGAAAUUCAGAAUCUAAUUACGCAAAUUUUUCUCUAGACAUUUGGAUCAACGGCAUAUUUUGCAAGUUAAAUUUUUUAUUUUACCAAUAAGCCCAUUCUGCUUCUUAAUUUUACUUUGAAACUAACUUCAGAUCAUUGUGAAGUCUCUGGUACAUGUGAAUGUAUAGAAAUGAUACAGAUAAAGUUGUUGUAUAAAUCUAGCUACAUUUUUAGCUCACCUGAACCGAAUGUUCAAGUGAGCUUUUCUGAUCACCUGUUGUCCAUCGUCCGUCAGUAAACUUUUCCAUUUUUUACUUCUUCUGUAGAACCAAUGAGCCAAAAUUGAUCCAAAACUUGAUAAAAAGCAUCCUAAUGGGAAGGAGAUUCUAAAUUGUUAAAAUGAAGGGCAAAACCAUUUUAUAAAAGGUAAAUAAUUGCAAACCAGUGAAAAUAUGGUGCAUCUUAAAAAAUCUUAUGAACCAUUGCAUCAGAAAUGCCAGUGAUUACACCAAACUUGUAUAUAUAUAGUGAAGAUUCUAAAUUUUUUAAAUUGUGACCCCUGGACCAAUACUGGAGCCCCAAGAGGGGUUCAAAAUUUAACAUAGAAAUAUAUAAGGAAAAUGUUUAAAAAUCAUUUAACGAACAAUAAUGCUACAAUUUGUGAGUUUACUAUGCAAGCAUCAUAAAAUAGUGCAUUCUAAAUUGUUAAAAUUAUGACCCCAGACAAUUAUUGAAGCCCCAAAAGAUGUUCAAAGUUUAACAUAAAAAUAUUAGAGGGAAAAUGUUCAAAUCUUCUCAAGAGUUCAAAUUAUACAAUUUGUAAAAUUACUAUGCAAGCAUCCUCAAAUAAUAGAUUAUAAACUGUUAAAAUCAUGACCCCUGGACUGAUACUGAGACCCUUACAGGGGUUCAAAGUUUCACAAAGAAAUAUAUAGGGAAAAUAUUUAAAAACUGAAAUAGAAUGAUACAAGGAACUGUAUUAUGAGCGAUGUGGCCUAUGGCCCUAUUGUUUUGUUAGAGAGAUGAUGAGAUGACAUGACAGUUUUUUCUUUUUCUUUUUUUUUGCUUUCAGGCCUAUGGUCCUGUUGUUUUUGUGUUGUUAAAGAGAUGAUGAGAUGACAUGACAAUGUUUUUUUCUAUUUCUUUUUGCUUUCAUCGUUAAUGAAGUAAUGUGCUACUGCAUAUAGUUCUUCAAAGUCUGUGGGUUAGCUUUUAACAAGAACACACGGUUUCCUUUUUGGAAUAAACAUAAAAUAGUUUUAAAUUUUGACUAAAGAGUAUGAAAUCAGGUAAUAUAUCUUAAACCAUUUUUUUUAUCAUAGAAUCUGUAUGCAUUGGUUAGAAUGUAAACUACAUGUAUAUAGAAGUAUACUUAAAUGAACUUGGACAAGAUUUGAGCUCAAAUUUUUCCUUUUUUUUUUUUUUCAUUUUUGUUGACUAUAAUGGUUAAUAUGAAUGUUUUUAAUGCUUUAUCAAACUUUGAAAGUCAUAUAUAGAGUUACAAGCAAGUUACAGAGGUUAAAAUUCUUUGUUCUGUAAACAAAGCUUAAGUCUUGUUAUUGUUUACAUAUGCAUUGUAUUGGAAUAAGUUUCACUCUAAUGUUGCUUAUUGUUGUUCAUAAAAGUAUUCAGGAACAAAUUAAAUCAGUGUAUCUUGUUGCCACAAGUUUUUUUGUCUAAAAAAUGAUAAUUACUUUACAGUAUUUGUAAACAUCCUCAGUAUCUUGCUUGUAACUUGAUUUCUAGCAUUGAAAUUUUGGUAAAUCAUACCAAAUACACACACAAAUACCCACAUAAAUCAUUUGAUACAGAAAAAUUUAUAAUUCUUUUUAUCUCAAAUCAUGUCUAGGUCCCUUUAAUUCUUCAAUUUAAGCUAGUUCUCUGAAAUAGAGACUUUGAACUUUUAAAUGGGAACUGUUUGGCAUUUCACUUUUAUUUGAUUCUGUUUAUACAUAUUGAUAGGAGUGCAGACUUUGUAGAAACAUUCAUGUUAUUUUGGGUUGUGCCGAAUCUGAUAACAGUGUAUUCUUUUUUAAUCAAGGGCUUUUUAAAUGUUGUAGAUCCAAAAGUGAUUUGAUUUGUUGACACAUAUUCCCUGGUAUCUGGUGCUAUUUAAAUUGUACAAUCAUUAUACAUGCGAGUCACGUUUUUCUUUGUUGUAUUCAAAUGAAAAUUGGAAUUUUAUACAAAUAAAGUUUAAGAUAGAAUCUGAUAUAAUUGUAAAUUUUUCUUUUCAUCAUUAUUGAUAGAGUGAGGCCUCAUGUAUAUUACUGAGGCUUUGAAAAUAACCUACAAAAUAAAAAAAAUAUCACAAUUUCAUUCUUUAUUUGACAUAUAGAUGAAGAUAUUUUUGUACAAAAUAAAUGAAGUACAACUUGCAUCAUUUAUGAACCCCUUACAUGUGAAUUAUGUAGAUCAUACAAUGCACACAACCAAGCUCCUCUUAAACACACAUCACCUCCCUAAACCCAGUAAUGUCACCAUGAAAUGUCAAGAUAUUGCCAAAACAUAAUCACAGACUUCAAUGGAAAAUGACAGCAAAGAUGGGAUGAUUGAAAUUAUCCUAAAUCUAAUAGUGA